UUUAAUUUGGAAGGUUACAAAACACUAACACAUGGGUUGUGUAACUGAAAAUCAGCUGUUUGGUAACCAGUACCGUGGAUGCCUCCUUCAGUCGCGGGUGGUGCCGAAGAUAGUAAAGCCUUGGUGAGAAAGAUGUUAAGGGAAGUCCUGGUGGGUCGAGAGGAUCCAGAAGGUUUUUUUGCGAUGUGCGUGUCCGCCCUGGGACACCAGGAGACCCGCUCUAAGUUCCUGUCCCUCAUCCAGCCCCUGUCCACGGCCAACAUCUCCCUGCACUCCAACCUCACCUCCAUCUACAAGGAGUAUUUCUCUGAGUCUGAAGAUGAUGAACUGGAACUUGCCUUGGCUCUCUCUCUGCUGGAAACGAAAGAUGACCAGCUGUCAACCCCCAGCCGACAGUCCAAACUUAAAAGAAACCCUGCUCGACUGACCUCGCUACCUCAGACUCAGGGAGGCAGCCACACUCAGUCUGCAGAUGUAGACUCCAGGGUAAAAAACAUCAGCUCACUCCGAGAUGGACCCUGGGUCAAGCUGAGCACACCACAAAUAACCGGAGAAGCCAGCCUUCAGGGAACCGCACAUAUUGAAUAUAAUAAGGAAACACCAGGGACAAGUCAGACUGUGCAUGUUUCCACACUGCCUGGCUCAAUUUUCAAGCAAGAAAUGGGUGAAGAAGGCGAGCAAAUGAUGGAUGAGGGACAUUCAGAUCAGUCAGAGAAUCGAAAGCGCUCUAAGAACAGGCGCCAGCGCCGUAGAGGUGCCAGCCAACAGGUUGUAGGUUUGCCCUGUUCUCCAUCAGCACUACCACCGGUCCUGCUGUGGUUCAGGAGGGACUUGCGUCUGUGUGAUAACCCUGCUCUCACUGGCUCUUUGGAGCUCGGUGCGCCUGUCAUCCCCAUCUUCAUCUGGAGCCCUGAAGAAGAGGAGGGACCUGGGAUUACGGUGGCUAUGGGGGGAGCUUGUAAAUACUGGCUUCAUCAAGCUUUGUCUUGUUUUUGUUCUUCUCUGGAGCACAUUGGCAGCCAUCUUGUGUUCUUCAAGGCGACAGGACAGGGGAAUGAGGUUGGAUCUUCUCUAUGUAUCCUUAAGGGGCUAGUAAAGGAGACAGGGGCGAGAACAGUCCUGGCAAAUGCCCUCUAUGAGCCCUGGCUGAAGGAGCGGGAUGACGCUGUGGUGUCAGCUCUUCAGAAACAUGGUGUCGAAUGCAGGAUGUUCCACUCGUACUGUCUCAGAGACCCUUACACUGUCAGCACGGAGGGUGUAGGACUCAGAGGAAUAGGUUCAGUGUCUCACUUCAUGAGCUGCUGUAGACAGAACCCAGGGUCUGCUUUAGGGGUCCCCCUAGACCCUCCUGUAUCUCUGCCUACGCCUGCCCACUGGCCUCAGGGCGUCUCUUUGGACACACUAGGCCUGGCACGCAUGCCUCGUAGGAAGGAUGGCACAACGAUUGACUGGGCAGCUAACAUUCGUAAAUCCUGGGAUUUCAGUGAAGAAGGUGCCCAUGCACGGCUAGAAGCCUUCCUUCAUGAUGGUGUGUAUAGAUAUGAAAAAGAGUCAGGCAGGGCAGAUGCCCCGAACACCAGCUGUCUGUCUCCAUACCUUCACUUUGGUCAGCUCAGCCCACGCUGGCUGUUGUGGGACGCCAAAGGGGCACGCUGUCGUCCCCCAAAGUUCCAGCGUAAACUGGCAUGGAGGGAUUUAGCAUACUGGCAGCUAACAUUGUUUCCUGACCUCCCCUGGGAAUCCCUCAGACCUCCGUACAAGGCUCUGCGGUGGAGCAGUGAUCGUGGCCACCUAAAAGCCUGGCAGCGAGGUCGAACAGGCUACCCCCUGGUGGAUGCAGCAAUGAGGCAGCUGUGGCUGACAGGCUGGAUGAACAACUACAUGAGACAUGUGGUGGCAUCUUUUCUCAUAGCAUAUCUCCACCUACCAUGGCAAGAGGGCUAUCGCUGGUUCCAGGACACUUUAGUGGAUGCAGAUGUGGCGAUAGAUGCUAUGAUGUGGCAGAAUGGCGGCAUGUGUGGUCUGGAUCAUUGGAACUUUGUCAUGCAUCCAGUCGAUGCAGCGAUGACCUGUGACCCCUACGGCAGCUAUGUUCGGAAAUGGUGUCCUGAACUUUCAGAUCUGCCUGACGAGCUUAUUCACAAACCCUGGAAGUGUCCUGCGUCUAUGCUUCGGCGAGCUGGUGUGGUGUUUGGCCAGACAUAUCCUGAGAGAAUAGUUACAGACCUGGAGGAGCGGAGGAGUCAGUCUCUGCGAGAUGUAGCUCUGGUGCGAAAAGAGUUUGGACAGUAUGUGGACAAGCGCUCAGGCUGUGACUUGGUGCCUCUGCCCCCACGUCUGGUCUCUGAGGCUCUGGGCUUAUCACACAGGGAUGGGAGUGUAGUGACGGCAGGGAAACAGUUCCUGUUGCCUGUUAUCACCCGCAUGGAAUUCAAACACCAGCUAGACGAUCCAGAUGGAGAUGCUGCCACAAAUCCCUACAACGCUGUUCUGAAAGGAUACGUGAGCCGCAAGAGGGAUGAUACCAUUGCCUUCCUUAACGAGCGAGACUUUACUGCCAGCGUGAUGUACGAGGGAACCCAGAGGAGGGAGAGGCUGGAAAGUGAUUAUCGCAGAAUAGAGGGACUCCCUCGGCCUCCUGCACCUCGGGGCAGGGCCAGGCGAACUCCAACAGCCAAGGACAGAUUUUCCAUAGUGCCUGGUGGGACUGUCACUUCACUCAGGUGACCCGAGACUGAAGGUAUACAGGUUCUAAAUGACCAAUUAACUGGCCAGUUGCCAUUAAAAUCCAUGAGUACAGAGUGUUACACAAUAAUCUGUAAAAUGAGAUAAGAACAGGCCAACAAGUUAAAACUCCAGACUGGACACACGCAGGUGGAUAGAGUCUGGAAAAUAGUUUUUUGGUUUUGUGUUGAGAAAACUGAGACAACCUUUACAAGAGGAUUACACAAUGCUUGUAACAUUUUCUACGAGUGUUGAGUAUAAGUUCAAGGACUGAGCAGUAGUAUUACACCAGCUGAGUUGUCAAACACUUUCUUUGUAGGAUUUGAGUUGUACGUGCGGAACGAAUGACAUUCAGUGUUUCUCAGCAUUUCACUUGCAGAGCAGAGACCCAUUUUACAAUGUUUACAAACUAAUGUAAACAGUUUUAGAAAACUGAGAAAGUUAUCUCUCUGUGUGUAAACAUAAAAAUUGGAGUUUUAUUAGGUUGUAAUCUUGUGCUCAGCUGUGGGGUAUCUUUUAGUAUACAAGUACAUUACAUGGGUUGUAUCUUUGGGGUGAAAAUUGUGUGUGUGUGUGUGUGCAGAAUAGGUGGUUAACUAAAGUGUAUUUAAAAUGUAUUUUAUGUUAUGCAAAUUACCAAAAAUUGUAUUUUUAAUCAUGUGUCACUGACACAGUGACAUAUGUUCAGUAUCUUGUAAGACAAGUGGUAAACUACUGCCCACAUUUGUAAUAUAAAAUCUGGAAAACAUUUGGAAAAUUAAAAAAAUGACAAA